CCAAAAAUUUGUCUCGGUUUUUUUUAACGUACAAAUCGCAGUGUCGAUUCUGUCGAAAUACAAACCGUAGUGUCGAAAUAUCAACCGCCUCGAAAGGGCACGUUAACACUGAACACCUUAAUCUUCGUGCCUGUGCACUACAAAGUUGAGUACAAACAAUUUGCGACGGACCGACGUGCAGAAUUCUUCUACGGUCUUCUUCUUCUUCUAUAAUCGGUCUGAUAAUUUUUUCAUGGUUCGACGCUUUUACAUAGUGCAGCUGUGCACCUUGUGCGUUCCUCGUGCUCCCAUAAAAUAUCCAUACCGUCACAUAUUUUUGACAGCGGUCGGGCUGAAAUCCAUCAACGUCUGUUGAAGAGUCCGUUGAGCCAUCAUGCCUCCCAAACGCGGGUCCAAACCCCGACACUCGGGACCUCCUGGUCGCCGUCCGGACCACCACCGCGCCCCCCGCGGUAGCGAGAAAUUCGCCGAUGCUCCCGAACGUGCCAGCGAUCUGCAUCAGCGCAGUGGUGCGCACGACUCCGAUAGCGCUUCGGAGCAUUCUGCCGCGGACGAUGUGGAACAGGAUACGGAAGCCUUCUGGUCGCCGGGGAAUUUACCCGUCCCCUUGGCCAUGUGGGAUUUCGACCAGUGCGAUCCAAAACGCUGCACGGGGAGGAAGCUGUCGCGGCUGCGAUACGUGCGCCGUUUGCAGCUGCGGGAUCGGUUUCCGGGGAUUCUGCUGACACCCGCGGCGACCAGCUGUGUCUCCAAUGCAGAUAAAGCGGUGAUUGAGCAGGGCGGGAUCGCCGUGGUGGACUGCUCGUGGGCGGAGCUGGCGGGGACGCCGUUGGCGCGUCUCAAGUGCCACCACCCCCGACUGCUGCCCUUCCUCCUGGCCGCCAACCCCGUCAACUACGGCAAGCCCUGCAAACUCUCCUGCGUGGAGGCCUAUGCGGCCGUCCUCUUCAUCACCGGCUACGAAGAGUGGUGUGAUAUUUUACUGCGGAAAUUCAAAUGGGGUCAUUCCUUCAAGGAGCUGAAUCAUGAUUUACUGAAGCAGUAUCAGCGCUGCGCCACCAGCGCGGAAGUCAUCCAGGUCCAGAAUGACUACAUCCGCUCCCUGGAUGCCGAGUCCAGCGCCUCACGUGAUUUUGACGAAGUGGACGACAGUCUGGAAUUCUACAAUCCCAACCGGCGGGGGCGGCUGCCCAGCUCCUCCUCCGAAUCCUCUUCAGAGACAGAGAGUAAUUCCGAUGAGCGCGGGAAAGCGGAUACCGCGGACACCGGCACCCCCCAUCCCGCAACCCACCCGCUUUAAAAUUUGUUAAAAAAUGCCAUUUAUCUGGAGGAAUAUUUUCCCUUGCUGGUGUACAAUGUACAUCGGCUGUUAUUCCGCCGCAUUAAAUACGUUGGCAUUUGUCUGCUGCGAUCAUCCUUGUAACCGUUCUAAUCAUCCUCCAUAAGAGGCCACCUGCAAUCCGCAUGCAGCACACACUAAUCCCCAUUUUCAAGCAUCCAUCACGUCAACCGGCGUUUUCUCUUCUAUCCCGUGUGUGUUCCCGGUUAACUGGGCAGGAAGUGAUUCCGGCGGGGAUUAUUAGGCCGACCGGGAGAAAAUAGACGAUAUACCAGCCAGGUUGGCUUCCGUGCUGCGUGUACCUACCUGGUUAACAGGAUGACGCUGUGCUUGCCACCGGUAAUUCCCUCUUAACUUAAUCCCGCUAUUUCCUCCCGUCAGACGAAUAUAGAGACCGUUCGGUGCGUCGUAACCUUCGGCGUAAUUGGGCGAUGAAUGUUUGAUCGACAUCCGCGAUUGCUCAGAUUUUAUUCCGGAUUUUGUCGGCGUCGUUAGUUUUUUUUUACAGCAGAUAUAAUUGUAUGAAUUUUUAAAAAGGGAAACUGGGAAGACGGUUCGCGGUUGACAAAUUAAAGAAUAAAAUCAACAAGCAGUGUGCAACAGGAACCCGUCGAUUGCGCGUAAAUCGCCGGCGUUUGGUUCAAACAGAGAGGCGCUGACGGUGAUCCACCUCAAACCGGACCUAACCUUUCUCCACGCGGAGAACACUGUUUGAUUAAGGACGAUUAAUUACCGGCUGGCAGCGUAAUCAGCGCUC